AUGUCUAAAAAUGCAGAUAUUAAACGUUUGAAGGAAGAGAAUAAAGAUUUGAAGAUUCAAAUUGAAAAAUUGGUGGAAAAAGUAGAUAAUUUAAGUCAAAAUGUCUUGUCGACGAAAGAAGCGAGCAGUCCUAAUGGCCGAUCAGGCGAGCAAGAAGAACCCUUGUCGUCUGAGAAAAAGAAAUCAGUUGAAUUCCUCAGUAAUCAGUAUGAUCAAGUCCUGAAGGAACUUGACCAGAUAAAAGCUGAAAUAAAAGAAGUAUCGAAGAAGUAUACAGAAAUUUCAAAUGCUAUAGCGGCGAUAGAAGACUAUAGCUUCAAUUACAAUGUGAAAAUAGUUGGUAUGCCUGUACUCAGCGAGCAUGAAAGAGCUGACGAAACAGUUGAGAUUUGGCUACGUCUAUUUGCAGCUCUAGGUGUAAAAGAUAUUUCUCCCUAUGAUAUUGAUAUUGCCCUCCGGGUACCAACGAGAAGAAAUUUCCCGAACAAACCUAAUCCAAUCAUUUGCAAAUUCACCAGACGAAUUUCAAAGGAAAAGGUUAUGGCUGCACGAAAGAAUGUAUUUAGGAUCUCUCCUAAAUACAUUCCUCUUCCAUGA